AUGUCCAGGGAACAAGGCUACCGCGCUGUUCGCGCAAAAUUUACCGCGGAGACCAUCACAGUCUACCAAGCGUACUCUGCCGAGAUCGCCUCUCCAGCUCUCCGCGCCGGAAAAUUCGUUCCACCAUUCAAGCGCACGCGCAUGACAUGGAUCAAGCCAUCAUUUCUCUGGAUGGCCUACCGGUCAGGGUGGGCCUCAAAGCCGAACCAGGAGCGUGUCCUCGCCAUUGAAAUCUCCCGCGAAGGUUUCGAGUGGGCUCUAUUCAACAGCUUCGUGAACUCGCACGAUAAAUCACUCUACCCGGACAAACAUGCCUUCGAGCACAGGAAACAAAACACGUGCGUCCGAGUACAGUGGGAUCCAGAGCGAGAUUUUGGGUUUACUCCACUGUCGUAUAGGUCGAUACAGAUUGGAUUGAGCGGGGAAGCGGUGGAUCGUUAUGUGGAUGAGUGGAUCGUGUCGAUUCAGGAUGUUACAGAUCGCAUGGUCAAGAUGGGGCAGCUGGUUGCUGCUGGGAAGAUCGAGGAGGCGCAGAAAUUGAUGCCGAUCGAAGAACCGUACCCCUUGCCGAAGCAGGUUGGGGCAGCUGUGGGAGCGUCUUCAUAG